AGUAGUUCUAACUCAUCAAUUCGCGUAAGCUCUCGUUUGUUUUACGGAAACCAUCACUGAAAGAAUGUCUGUAACUUUUAAUUUUUUGAAAGCGGCUUCUCUUCAUUACAAAGACAUUUGCCCGGAGCAGGCUCGAUUUCUCAUGAGAAGACAUCAGUCCUUGUUAGACAAGAGAAAGGUGGAGGGGGCGGUGUGUCCGUUCUGUUUCGAGUGGCGCCACCCGGACAACCACCGCGUGCGUCUGAAGCCCCGGCGCCGGGCCUCCCGGCAGGUGAACCGGCUCCUGAGGAGGGAGGCGACCCGCAAGCUCCUGAGUGCGCGGCAGGCCAAGGUCCUCAGAAGGUUUCGGAGGUCCCGCAGCUCUCUGAUGGCUACGUGCCACACCUGCAGCAGAACCACAAGGCAGCGCGGCAUGAGCAGGGAAGCUGUGGCCGCUCUAUCCCAAAACCAGCGCAACCCCGGGGCGACGAGUAAACUCGGGACCCCUGGCAGGACGCCACAGUCAGCCGGCAGAGCAAACGCAGUUCUUUUAAAGUCUUCCGAGAAAACUCCAAGCACCAGCAGCACCCCUUCCUUAAAGUCGAGCAGCAUGAAGAAGUCGGUCUUGUCGCGCGUUAAGAAGUUCCUGAUGCUGGACAGCAACCAGAACAGUCAGAAGGGCAGCCUGAAGGACUUCCUGUCGUCGCUCUGAGCCUCUCAGAAUCUGAGGCGACACUCUGCGCACAACUCGAUGCUGCCCUGGAACCCACAAUAAUGCCGGCUUAUCGCCACCUGCAUCAUGUUUUAAAGGGUGAGGUAUAGGAAGGUCCACAAGCCUUGCUAGGCUGCCAUGUAAAUAAACAUUGCCACUCUGACCUCUCAGGAAUACCUCCAGCCUUCUAGGCAGCUUAAAGGAACCUGCCCCUCUGUGUGUGCAAUUGUUGAUCCACGAGUGGGGGUGUUUAAGCAAUACACACGAGUUCUUCUCGCAAAUCCAUAUACGCGGCGACUUUUUAAAAUGUAUAUGUAAAACAUGUUUUGUUCGAGGGAGUCACACUUAACCCAAUUCUUUUGCCUUUGCUUAGGUUGGAUUUUUAUAACAUACGCUUGUUAGUACUUUAUGGUUUUCUAGAAUUUGUAUGCAGGUACUUUUGAAAGUAUGUCAUUUAUGUCACAGUGCCUGUUUGUAUGUGCUUCGAGACGGUGCUUUCCCCGCUCUUAAGUGCAGAGUUCCUGUUAAAGCACCUGGUGGUGGAAGGAAACAGAUUAGUGAAUUACAUUGUUUACAUGUAAUGCUGUUCUGCUUUAAAGGUUGUAUUUCUUCAAAAGACCAAAGACAAAGGCUGAGGCCAUAAUUUAAACAUUUUUCACUGUAUUGUCUUUUUCUACAUUGCUUAUGUGCUAUACUGUUUUUCAGGGACUGAGAAAGGACUUUGAAGAGUUUCACUGUUGCCUUUGCUAAACUGUCUGUUCAUUUUACUUAUUUUUGUGUGUACAAUCUGACUGAAAUACCAUUUUGGUAUUUCGAAUGUCAUGCAUGUCCAGUAUUAUGAUACAAAAUAAUUUCAUUGUAACUGGUAAUUGUUUCACUUUAUUAUUAAAACUGAGCAGCUGUUAGGCUGUAUUCAGUACAGUUGUGUGACCUCAGUGUUCCAGCACGCACAAAUAAAGCCUUUUUUCCC